AUGGUGAAAGCCUCUAUCGACAACGCACCUCAUAUUUUAGACGACUUGAAACGGUAUCCAACGGACGGCCAUGAAGAAAACCUCUCCUUCUCCGAAGUUGCGCCAGUAGACGUGGCUGUUCGAAAACUCACUGUCCAGGCGUAUCCUAGCAGUCCAAAGCGCUGGUUCAAACGCUUUCCCCCUGAAGACGAGGAGUCCCUCAAGUCUCAGACGAUACUCAAUGGCCUUGAUUCUAUUUUUCCUCGCUCGAAUCUGACCGGCAUAAUCGGUAGCAGCGGUAGUGGAAAGACUACACUUUUGAACAUUCUGUCUCAUCGUAUGAAAGGGACAAAUCUCUUGAUUCGAGGACAACUGCUUUACAACGAUUCUCCUUCCCUUUCAAGUGUCACUUAUGCCUAUGUCACUCAAUCCGACGUCUUCCUGCCCACGCUGACUGACCUUCGUCUCCCCGAUUCGAUCAGCCACGAGAAGCGGCGGAGCCUUGUUGAGGAGAUCAUCCUCGAGCUCGGACUAAAGGAAUGUGCGGACACAUUAGUUGGGGACGGCGUGACAAGGAAAGGAUGCUCGGGUGGUGAAAGGAGACGUCUGAGUGUCGGAGUUCAACUGCUCGGAAAUCCAUCCAUACUCUUCUUAGAUGAGCCAACAACUGGCCUCGAUGCAACAAGUGCUUAUCAGCUUGUCAAGAUGUUGAAGAGCCUUGCGAAGAAGGGUCGGACAAUCAUCAUGACGCUUCAUCAACCUCGAUCUGAGGUUUUCCUCUUACUCGACGCGGUGACAUUGCUCGCCCGAGGACAGUCGCUGUAUGCAGGCCCUGUUGUAGAUGCUGUGCCGUGGUUCGAACACAGGCUACCUUCACCAGGGGUGCAUGUUAAUCCUGCAGACUAUCUGAUCAAUAUCGCGGCCAUCGACUCACGGACGAGGGAGACAGAAGUCGCUGGGAGAGCCCGCGUGAAUAUGCUUAUUGCGGUGUGGAGGGAGGAGUCGACAAUGCGCUUCCCGGAUAUAAAUCCAGCAAUUGUCCCUAGUUGUUAUCCACCGGGAUUCGUCCACGACCAUCCGAAAGUAUCGUUCACUCGAAUUGUACGUGCUCUCGUCUCAAGGGAAUUGAAAUCAAACAUGAGGGACAAAUGGGGUGUUAUAGCGUCGUGGAUCGAAGCAGUUCUGAUGGGACUUGUUGUGGGUUUGGUAUUCCUUCAACUCCCCGACUCAAUGGCAGGCAUUCGUUCCCGUCAAGCGGCACUUUAUGUCUCGGUCGGGUUUCAAGGCUAUCUCGUCUUCACAUACGAGGUAUACCGAUUGACCAGUACCGACAUGCCACUUUUCGAUCGAGAACAUGGUGAAGGUGUCGUAGGGGUACUACCUUGGAUUGUUAGCCGUCGCAUUACACACAGUAUCCUAGAGGACAUCAUUGUCCCCUUCGUCUUCUCAGGAAUCAGCUAUGUCAUGAUCGGACUCGCACCUUCCGCCGCACGGUUCUUCUACUAUUUCAUCGUCGUCCUACUCAUGCAUUACGCCUCAUUAAUGUUUGCGGGACUCUCGGUUGCUAUAUCAAGGGAUUUCGCGCUGUCGACGCUCAUUACAAACUUGGCCUUUGCAGUACAUACCCAUGUAUGCGGCUUCUUUCUUCAAGCGGAUUCAAUCCCGGUAUAUCUUCGGUGGACGAAAUGGAUUUCGCAUCUGUUCUACGGCUUCACAGCUCUCAUUGAUAACGAGUUCAAGGACCGAAACUUUGACUGUCCCCUGGGUGAUACAUAUUCCAGUCCUGACUGUAACACCUACCGCGGCGACUUUAUCAUCGAAUCCCUUGCUGUUCCACACCAGAACUGGUCCACUAUUCCCAUCGUCGCUAUACUGGGUUUUAUUGUCUUCUACUCUGUUGCGCAGAUUCUUUUGCUCCAUUCAUUCACAAUCAACACCACCAUCCUAAACCGCGCUGGAUACUCUUCGAACCAAAGAAUCGAAGAGACCCAUUUCAACAUUAAAAGCUCCCCGCGAACCAUUACGGUUGGUAUAGAAGUGGAUCUCGAGGACUAUUCCCUUCGUGUGCGCAUUCGUGGCAGAAAGUACCUCAGUAUCAUACAACGCGUCAAUACACGGUUCGAGCCUGGGAAGAUUAAUGUUAUUCUUGGACCUUCGGGAAGUGGGAAAUCGUCGUUGUUGAACUUGAUGGCCCAUCGCCUACAGGCGACCUCUUCGACAACUUACGCAGCGGACGGAGAGAUGAAACUUAAUGGCGUUUCAGCAACGCAGGAAAGAAUCCGUGCUCUGUGUUCAUAUGUGACCCAAGAUGACACAUCUCUCCUCCCAUACCUCACAGUACGAGAGACUUUAGAGUUUGCUGCCACUCUUAGGCUGCCGAGUUGGAUGUCGAAGAAACACAAGUAUCAGAAAGCGGACGAAGUGAUGAAGAAGAUGGGACUGAAGGGCUGCGCUGAUACGCUGGUCGGAAAUGACGUGCUGAAAGGUAUCUCAGGAGGAGAGAAACGCAGGGUCAGCAUUGCGAUUCAGGUAUUAACAGAUCCUCAGGUCUUGAUGCUGGAUGAACCCACCUCUGGAUUAGACUCUUUCACGGCAGCAUCGAUUAUGGACGUGUUGGGACAACUCGCAGAUGAAGGCCGUACAAUCAUAACCGUACUCCACCAGAGCUCUUCGGAACUAUUUGAGCAUUUCGGGAACAUUCUCCUCCUCGCCAAAGGUGGGAGAGUUGCAUACUCGGGACCUGCUGGAAGGAUGCUUGAGUAUAUGCAGUCGGUGGGCCUUUGGUGUCCCCCAACGAUGAAUCUUGCAGACUUUGCAUUGGAUGUCGUUUCUGUUGACUUGCGGGAAGCCGAGCAAGAAGAGCUGAGCCGUGAGAAGGUAGAUAUGCUUGUUGAAGCGUUCAGAGACGGGGAACACCGAACUUUGAAUGAGGAAACGAAGACUGGCCAAUUGCGAAUUGAAACGAUGGGAGUGGAAAAGAAGAUGACACCGAUUACAACAUCACUGCCGAUUUUAUUGAAACGAGGCGCUCUUGCAUUCAGCCGUCGAUCGGGGAUUGUUCAAGCACGGUUUGGUAAUGCUGUCGGCCUUGGAAUUGUGUCUGCCUUGUUCUUCUCUCCGCUUGGUCAUGACUACAUCAGUAUUCAAAAUCGGAUUGGAUGCAUACAAGGAAUUCUUCCCAUUUACUUUGUAGGGAUACUGCAGAACAUGGCCGUCUACCCAAUGGAGAGGGAUAUCUUCUACCAGGAACACAACGAUGAUGCAUACUCUGUCGAAUCCUUUUUCCUUGCGUAUACUAUCCUGGAGUUGCCUUUGGAAGUCGUGGCCUGCUUCACGUUCUCUGCUUUAGCGGCCAUCGCAACCAACCUCUUGCGUACCGUCGAUAUGUUCCUCGUCGUCACUCUCAAUGCCCUGUGUAUGGUCAAUGCAGGAGAAUCUCUCGGAAUCAUAUUCAAUACGAUAUUCCACAAGAAUGCCGGCUUGGCGUUGAACGUAGCGAACGUGAUUCUCUGUGUGAUGAUGUUCAUGGCUGGACUGAUGAGUGCAGAUAUGCCAGCUUUGCUCCAGGACAUUGACAAAGUCUCGCCUCUGGGAUAUGUCAUUCGGAAUAUCAUGCCGCUUGCUUUCGGUGGACAGGAGUUUACUUGCGAUGACGAUCAAAGACUAUCGGACGGGUCGUGCGCUAUCAGCGUCGGUGAGCAGGUCCUUGAGAUGUAUCAUGUGGACGGCGAUGCUGGACCGCUCAAUCUUGGGGCGGUCGUGGCCACCAUGGUGGUGUAUCGCUUUUUGGCAUACAUUGUGGUGAAGGUGGCUAAAGCAAAGUUCGGGGGAAUAGCUAACAGACACUGCACAUAAUCUGUUGCAUACCAGAGAAGCAAUGCCACGACCUUAUCAUCAGUUUUCAUCAUUGUUAACCAAGAAAAACCGGGCAGCAUG